AUAAUUAUCAAUUAUUAUUACCAAAACAAUUAUGAACGAGAAAUUCAUAAUACAAACUAAUUCAUUAGUCGUUUAAAGCGUGUGAAUUUUAAACUGGAACAGUGCCACCUCAUGCUCAAUAAAAACAAGAAUUCUAUUAAAACAACACAUUAGUAUACGAAUCAUGAUUUUAAGGAUACUUAUCAUAACAUGUUUCAUCUCAAUGAUUUAUGCCUCAAGAAUUAUCACAAGAGAUGAUCCGGUACCAGACGAGUCAGCGUGUAUAUGCCACCACGGUUACACUAUUCAAAAACAUCCAAAAGAUAAUAAAUUUUACUGUAAAGGUAUCCUACAUGAUGGAAAAACAGCCUGUGUAAACCUUGAGCGACCGCAGUGUAAGUGCACCUUAAUAAAAGGUUUUGUUAUUCAAGACAUCUAUAGAUACUGGUGCGUAAAAGUGAAACCUGGGUAUGUUGAAGAAAUUAGAUGGGAUUGUGAAAAUAAAAAAGAGUGGGAUAGGUUUUUUGACAUUUACCCGGAGGAGCGACCAAGUGCCGAUAGUCAACUUUAGCGGAUUCUUUUAUAAUAAAUUAUAAAUUGAUUAAUUUGUUAACAUUAAACACAAUGCAAACAUU